CUUAACGCGUCCGCCUCGAUGGGGCUCGCGCUAUUGAAUAUCGGAACAAAGCACCAAAAUCCAUAUCUGGAUUCUAACAACUUUUCUGAUGUAUAACAAAUGAGCUCUGCCUAAGUUUAUACGAGGUGCUUUGGAUUCUCCAAGUAUCCUUAAAUUGCAUUGACGCUAUGACGUACAGCACAAAUCGCCAUGGACGUAUUCCGCGUGCGGUUGAACUGCAUAGACCAUUAUCAAGCUAUCCCUACGAUAUAUGAUCCUCAACUUCGCAAUGAUGUCCAUCCAUCCCAAUUGAACAAGGAACCCAGAGUUCCGGUUAUUAGAGUUUUUGGGUCGACAGAAACAGGCCAGAAAGUGUGUGCGCAUAUCCAUGGCGCAUUUCCGUACUUAUACAUCGAGUAUAAUGGGAGUUUGCUCCCCGAUGAUGUGGGUGCUUAUAUAUAUCGCCUUCACCUCUCUAUUGAUCACGCCUUGGCUGUGAGUUACCGUCGUAAUGUUCAUGAUGGAAAGAGCAAAUAUGUGGCGAGGAUAACCCUCGUCAAGGGAAUCCCGUUUUACGGGUUCCACGUCGGCUAUCGAUUCUAUCUUAAAAUCUAUAUGCUUAACCCCCAGGUUAUGACCCGACUUAUCGAGCUACUUCAACAGGGAGUCAUUAUGAAGCGGAAGUUUCAGCCUUUUGAAGCACACUUGCAAUAUCUAUUGCAAUUCAUGACCGACUAUAACCUCUAUGGGUGCGGAUACAUAGAAUCUCAAAAGGUCUGUUUCAGGGCUCCUGUGCCCAAAUAUGAAAAUGACUUAGAACUACCUCAUCUAUGGCAUAGCCAGUCAGUCUCGAGGAAGUGCAUCACCGAGGAUCCGGAUCUUCCUCGUGCUAGCCAUUGCUCGAUCGAAGUCGACAUAUGUGUUCAGGAUAUCCUCAACCGGCAUGAAAUCAAGGAGAGGCAGCUUCAUCACGAUUUCGUCGAGAGGAAGUACCCCCUAUCUCCCGAUCUAAAACUUGUCCACAGCAUGGCGGGACUAUGGAAAGAUGAGACGAAGCGUCGUAAAAGAAAAAUGCUCGGUCGAACACCAGGAAACAGCCCGUUCCCUCCGGAGGCUUUGGUUUCUAUGUCUGCAGACCCACGCAAUUCACAGCCUUCGGGGUGGGUUCAUGAGGAAGAAUUCAGAGAUCAGAUCCAGGGGCUAAUACAGCAAGAAUACGAGCAGAGCAAUGGUGGAGAGGUUACUUUCGAUACCUUCGUAAAGGACAUACCUUUGGGGUCUACUGUCAAAACUUUACUGCAAUCUGUUGAGGAUCUUUAUCCCGAUAAUCUGGAAUCUAUGCUUGGUAUAACAAGCCAACGGUUUGAAAACGAUCAGAAUCCUACUAGCAGUAUCAUUGUGGAUGACAAGCGUAUCCUUGAUUUUGGACUGAAUGAGGACGGUGUAUUCCAAGAUGAUUUAGACGAGGAAUCAUCCUAUGGUCUAAACCCAUUAAAGAACAAGGGCCCUAAUACUAAGAAAUUAGGCGAAAGGAAUUCAGCAGGAACAAACAGAUUACCACCUAAGGAUACCGACAAAAGUGGUUCGUAUACCCAAUCUGACGCACUCAAGCCAACAAGCUCGAGUAUCGACUCAGAAAAGGAGAAUCGUCCUGAACUACUUAUCAAUGGAGUGUACGUCAGUUGUUUGCGUGCUAAGAAUCGACGACGCAUCCCGGUCCCGGAGGUUCUGCUGGAUAUUGCAAAGGAGCAAGGAAUAGUGAGCAAAGCGCCUCAGGAUAUACAACAUACUCUGCCCAAAAGGACCGCAAAGCGUGCACACUCACCGUUUCAUGGAGAAAAGGAAGCAAAGCACCGUCGCGUAGGGCCUGCUUCCACUCUAAAUGUGGAUAAAACAAGCAUUACGGAGAAACCGACGGCGAAUCUAAGAGAGCCGAACGGACGGGAGGCCCAGGUAACAUCUACGCAGGUCGUGCAAUCGAGAUUAAAGAAAAAUCCUAAAGGAUCCGGAAACCAUACGCUCAACUUUCCAGUCGUCAAGAACCCCAACGACCCGAGCACUAGAUUGCGACUAAGCCAACAAACAAGCUCUCAGAAAAGUGACAAUGGCGAACUCGAGAAGCACGUCAGAUUCAGCUCAUGGACCCCGACAGACGAUGCUGCCCAAAACUCGAUUUUGCACACGGACAAAUCGGAGUCUGAUAGUUCCGCGCUAGAGAGUACGAAGGGAAGGGAUUCCGGAAAACUUAUCGAUGUUGGGUGUAUCCCUCGGCCUCGAGCACAAUUCUUCAUCUAUGGUCAACCUCCACCCUCAGCGGAAGAGAUUUUGUCUACCAUGCAUUCUUUAGAUCGUCCUAGCGUCAUAUAUCAAGAUGCAUUCUACAGCAACGAGAAAGAUGUCCCGCAAAGAGUUCGGGAAUAUGCUGGCCAGGAAUUUCGCCUCGAAGGCAAUACCUUGCCAUAUCUUCCAGAUUUUGACCCAACAGGAGAAUCUCCGGCCAAUUUUGGCGUGAAAUCGGAGAUGUCUAUUGAUACCGAGAGGGAUGACCAGAUUUAUAAGAAACUACGUCAGGAAUGUUCACUAAGGAGCUGGGAAAUCGCGGAGCUGCCACCUAGUUUUGACGAAGUACGGACUUGGUGGACGGAAACCCAGGAGAUAGCAAGCAAUUCUCAAGAGCCCGUAAUAAAGCUUCGCGACCCUGAGCUCAAGCCAUAUCUAUCACAGAUUGACGGACCUACCCCUAGGAAUAAGCAUAACUUUAAGUAUUCCCAGAAAAAGAAGUCUACAAGUGUCCAGCAUGAAGCUCAAUACAUGAGUACGAUGAGCUUGGAGGUACACGUCAACACCAGGGGUAAGCUUUUUCCAAAUCCGGAAGAGGACGAGAUUCAAUGUAUUUUCUGGUGCUCUAAGUCAGAUGAGAACUUCGCUACUGGUGAUAAUGCAUCACAGUCGAUACAAUCAGGCAUUGUUGUUCUCUCCGAGGACGGGUCUCUAGCACGAAGAAUGCAGAAGCAGAGUCCAAUUCUAACUGAGAUCAUCGAAGAAUCAUCGGAACUCGACUUAAUGGUGAGAAUGGUCGAGAUCGUUAGGACGCAUGACCCCGAUAUCCUUACUGGGUAUGAAGUUCACGGUAGCUCGUGGGGAUAUUUAAUCGAGAGAGCAAGAUUUAAAUAUGACUAUAAUCUGUGCGACGAAUUCUCGCGGAUGAAGAACCAGUCAUUCGGGCGAUUUGGAAAGGAAGCAGAUCGAUGGGGCUUCAACACUACUUCGACUAUUCGAGUUACGGGUAGACAUAUGGUUAACAUCUGGCGUGCCAUGAGAUCGGAACUCAAUCUCCUUCAGUACACAAUGGAAAAUGUUGUGUGGCACUUGCUACAUCGACGGAUUCCGCAUUAUCCCUGGCAGACCUUAACGGAAUGGUAUGUCGGAGGGAGGCAUCAUGGCCUAAGCAAGCUCCUUCGAUACUACCUAAGCCGAACGAAGCUCGACAUAGAGAUCCUCGAAGCGAACGAGCUCAUCCCUCGUACAAGUGAACAAGCACGACUCCUAGGUGUAGACUUCUUUUCCGUUUUCUCUCGAGGUUCCCAAUUCAAAGUAGAGUCGAUCAUGUUCAGAAUUGCUAAACCGGAAAACUUUAUAUUAGUUUCACCCGAUAGAAAACAGGUUGGGGGUCAGAAUGCUCUUGAGUGUCUUCCUCUUGUCAUGGAACCUCAAAGUGCAUUCUACAAUAGCCCAUUAAUUGUCCUCGACUUUCAGAGUCUAUACCCUAGUGUCAUGAUCGCAUACAAUUACUGCUACUCAACUUUCCUCGGUCGUAUUGUCAACUGGCGCGGUACGAACAAGAUGGGGUUUACGGAUUAUCGGCGGCAACAGAGGCUCUUGGAACUGCUUAAAGAUCACAUCAACAUAUCGCCCAACGGCAUGAUGUACUGCAAGGCAGAAGUCAGAAAGUCCUUAUUGGCAAAGAUGUUGACAGAAAUCCUAGAAACACGAGUGAUGGUGAAGAGCGGUAUGAAGCAGGAUAAAGACGACAAGACGCUGCAGAAGCUCCUCAACAAUAGGCAACUUGCUCUAAAGUUACUUGCAAACGUCACAUAUGGAUAUACGUCAGCCUCGUUCUCAGGUCGCAUGCCGUGCUCCGAAAUCGCAGAUAGCAUCGUGCAGACUGGGCGUGAAACUCUCGAGAGAGCAAUAGCCCUAAUACAUUCGGUGGAAAAGUGGAAAGCAGAAGUCGUCUACGGCGAUACUGACAGCUUAUUCAUCUACCUACCCGGUAGGACUAAAGACGAAGCGUUCGACAUUGGCAACGAGAUUUCUAAGGCGGUUACGGACAUGAAUCCCCGGCCGAUCAAGCUUAAGUUCGAGAAAGUCUACCACCCAUGUGUCUUGCUUGCAAAGAAGCGCUACGUCGGCUACAAGUACGAGAGCAAAGACCAGGUCAAGCCCGACUUUGACGCGAAGGGUAUCGAGACGGUUAGGAGAGACGGGACACCUGCCGAACAGAUGAUAGAGGAAAAGGCGCUCAAGAUCCUCUUCGAGACAGCCGACCUGAGUCAAGUCAAAUCCUAUUUCCAGAAACAAUGCGAAAAGAUCAUGCGCGGAGCUGUGUCGAUGCAAGACUUCUGCUUUGCAAGGGAGGUUAAGUUGGGAACUUAUAGCGACAAGGGAGCACCCCCACCAGGCGCCUUGAUCAGCACGAGAAAGAUGCUUGAAGAUGCGAGAGCGGAGCCUCAGUACGGCGAGCGGGUUCCUUACGUUGUCAUUUCGGGAGCCCCUGGAGCACGUCUCAUCGACCGCUGCGUGGCACCUGAGGAACUACUUACUAGCCCGCAUCUUCAUCUAGACUCAGAAUACUACAUCUCAAAGAACUUGAUCCCGCCGCUCGAGCGCAUCUUCAACCUCGUCGGGGCCAACGUACGGCAGUGGUACGACGAAAUGCCCAAAGUACAACGGAUCCGACGCGUAGAUCCGACUACCUACGGUAACGGGAAGAACCCGUUCGCCAAGAAGACGCUAGAAUCAUACAUGAAGGCGGCAGCCUGUCUGGUCUGCGGCUCAAAGGUUAAAACCGAGGGCUACUCGGUGUGCACGAGAUGUCGGCGCAACGCGCCGGCCUCGCUCCUCAAGUUGCAGACGCAGCUUAAUCGCGAAGAGACGAAGUUAACGGAGGUAACGAAGAUAUGCCAGAGCUGCGCGGGGCUUACGCCGCUGGACAGCGUGCCCUGCGAUAGUAAGGACUGUCCUGUGUUUUAUACGCGAAUGAAGCAGGUCGCGCGGUAUAUGGCGGAGAAGAGUGUUAUAGAGCCGGCUGUGAAGCAGCUUCUGGAGGGCGAGGUUGGGGUGGAGGAGUUGGAUUGGUAGAGGUUGGCGUUUUAGCAUAAGGGGGUACGAUGACAGUCCUUGAGGUAAAACGUUGACUUUAUAGAACAUAGGAGGUAACUAAGGUCUCUUAUGAAAGGUACCUAAUUUUUGAAUGCGAGAUGAAUUCAUGCAGUAUCAAUAAUAAUAUUUACCUGGAAUCUACCUGGUAUCUACUUAUAUAUAGUAAUUAUUAUUAUAAUUAAUAGA